AGGGAUCUCUCACUCUCCCACUCUGCUUUCUUUUCUCCUCUCCUGCUUCCUCCUUAUCCAUCUUCCUCCGUCUCUAUCUACUUCCCUCCCUCUCAACCUCUUUCCUCACUCUCUCUCUCCUCGCACAAAUGGCUUACUUUACACAUUAAGGAAGCAUCCGUCAUUUUGCUCUGUGAAGGAAAAAAUAUUUCUACUUUUCUUUCUCUUUUUUUCUGGCUGCCCUCUCUUUUCCCCAAUCCUGACGCUGCUACCAAUAUGUUUUAUUUCCAGCUGGUGAUCAUGGCAGGGACCGUUCUGUUGGCGUAUUACUUUGAGUACACGGACACCUUCCCCGUGCACAUCCAGGGCUUCUUCUGUUUCGACAAAGCCUACUCAAAGCCAUACCCAGGACCAGAGGACUACAGCAAGGCGCCGCCGGUCCUGGUCUACUCCCUCGUCACCGCCAUCCCCACUGUGACGAUUCUGAUCGGGGAAGUGACGAGCUUCUUUGUGAAGACGGAGGGUUCUCAGGAGAAGACCAUAGUGACCGCUGACUGCUGUUAUUUCAACCCUCUCCUCCGAAGGAUCGUACGCUUUCUAGGUGUCUACUCCUUUGGUCUCUUUGCCACCACCAUCUUUGCCAAUGCUGGUCAGGUGGUGACAGGAAACCAGACGCCUCACUUCCUGUCCGCCUGCAGACCAAACUACACAGCUCUAGGCUGCCAGUCUCCUCUGCAGUACAUCACAGAGAACCGAGCCUGCACAGGAAACCCUUUCCUGGUGGUGUCCGCUCGCAAAUCCUUCCCGUCCAAAGAUGCAGCGCUCAGCUUUUAUUCAGCCAUCUACACAGUGAUGUAUGUGACGUUGAUGUUUCGGACCAAAGGAACCCGUCUGAUGAAGCCCACCCUGUGCCUGGUGCUGCUGUCUCUGGCGGUGCUGGUUGGUGUGGUGAGAGUGACGGAGCACAGGAACCACUGGAACGACGUCCUGGCUGGUUUUGUCACAGGAGGCGCCAUCGCUGCAUUCCUGGUGUCCUGCGUGAUCAACAAUUUCAAACCAACCAAGCUAGCAGUACCGACUCCGCCUCCCCCUCCACAGCGCCCUGAAGCCCCCAUCAGUCUGCCUCUGAUCAGCCUGCCCCGUGUGGAGAGUCCACUCGAAAAGCUCCGGGGCUACCAUAUUCUGAGAUCACAUGACCAUCAGCCAACCCUGCCCCCCGCCCCGCCCGAUGUGCUCCUCCCCUCAAGACGUUGCCUCACCAGCUCAGUCUAGACCUGCCCCGUGAAAUCCCCCCGCCCUGCCCCGCCCACCCUGAAGGACGAAAACCUCUGAGGCGAGUCAAAUCCACGCAGGUGUGAGGCUUCACUAAUCACAGAGGACAAAGCCUGGAGCCAACCGGGAAGCAAAGACUUGUCGUCUCCUUUCCCUGUGAUGCUCUGUUUUGUCCUUCAAGAUGGCCGCCCUUUUCUCUUGGGUGUAAAAGAUCCAUGAAAAGACUCUUUAAGGCCAGAGCUGUUAAAGCAAUACUGUGUCCUUGCGGUUUUCCACAAAGAUUCAACGGUGACUCUAAAGACUGUUGGCUGGUGAUGACUUGAUAUUUCCAAUCAAAUAAAAAAAAAACUCAGCUGAGCUGAGGGUCACAAGUGGAUUUUCCUCAAGAUCAUUUUGUUAUACUCAGGACAAUUAGGGGAAACAGCUGAAAGAAGACCUUUAUGUAAUAAUGCUGGUACUGUUGAGUGAUAUGGUACAGAUUUUUGGUUCUGUGCACAAGAAGAGAUGUUGUCGUUGAGGGAAGCACUUUUGUAAAUUAUAGCACAGAUGAACCAGUUUAAAACUCAGUAAACAAUGUUGUAAUUUUCAGUUUUGAUUUUAAUUGUGCAAUGUGAUAGAAGAGCGGUUUAUACACACUAGGGCUUUGCUUUUGAUACCAGUUUUUCUUUUGUUUAUUCACUCCUGAAUCGGAUUGUCAUCAACUUUUCAAUACUAUAACAUUAAUGUUACAGUGUGUUUCAGAUGUCUGUUAGUUUGGUGUCCAUGCUGUGCAAAAUCUCCAUGUGGCAUUUUUAUUGUUCACUAGAAGUAAAAAGCAUUACUUUUUUAGUACUUCCCAUAAUCUAUUAACCAAAUUUAUGUCUCAUAUUUUCUCUAUUAAUGCAAAUCUAAAUAGAUGGCAACAUGGUACUUCUUACAUCUAAAGUCAGUUAAAUUUUACAAAAACAUCAAACUGGAUUUUAAAGAAGAAAGCUGGCUGCUGUUUGAAUUAGGCAUGGAGCAGCAUAAUAUUUUCACAUUAUGAUGACCCUGAGUAAAAGCCCCACGGUUUCACAGUAUCAAGGUAUUUAAAUGAGUUUAAGAAACGUGCAAUAUGAUCUAAUUGCUUCUAUUUAAACCAUAGGGUUUCUGCAGGGUUUUUAAGAUGUAAAUUUAACCCUUUUUUUUUUUAAUUCACUGACUUGAAAUUAAUAUGGUAUGGUAUUAACAAAGACCAUAAAUUUCACCAUUUGUACUGUCAGUACGUACUUGGGGUUUUGGUUACAUGAAACAAUAAAAACAUGAUGCAAAAUUUAAAAUACAAAAUAAAUAGAAAAAAACAGAAGUUAUUAAAGCCUGUCAGGACAAUAAUGACUUACUGACUUAUACCUUCAAGGAUCUUAAUUAAUUAGCUACAACAACAUUUAAUUUCCUUUUGGGAUUAAUAAAGUAUUUUUUAAUUUGAAGGAAAGAAAUCUGGUAAUUAAGUCUACGUCAAGAUUUUUCACUUGAAGCCUCACAUUCCAUUAUUUGCAUCUUAAAUUUCUACAUUUGUUUCUUCAUUGCUUCAUCUAUGAAAUGUUUUUGUUUGUUUUACUAAUAUAUUGGCAGCAUUGAUUCAUUCUGUCUGAAUUUAGCAAAAUGGAGGACAGCCAACAGCUCUGUAGGAAUGAAUUAUCACCAAACUCUCAAACUAAAUCAAAUUUUGCUCUCUCUACAUUUUAAUUUGCUUAGGCAACUACAAUUAAAUAGUCAUUUCCCACUAAGGACAAAUAGUCAUAUCCACUUCCAGCCCCUCUUUCAUGAGUAGGUGUUUGCUUAACAAGGUUUGGCUUAAAAAUAGUUUUUGAUCGUUGGCGAAAGCCUGCCAGCUACCGUUGACAAAAAGCUUUCUGUAUACUGAGUAAGAAGGAGUAAGAAAGUGACGAAGUGUAGUAACAUAUAUGCCAAAAUAAAACAAGAACAAAAACCCCUCAAACUUAAGUUAUUUUUUACUUGCAUUGUAAGGUGAGCAGAAUUCUUCUAAUUAUGUGAAAAGCAAAUUAUGUUUGUUUUAUUUUGAUACAGGUGCUAAAUAAAGAGUAGGUUUUUUAGUUGAAUAAAGCACAUAGAGUAGAUACAAAUGUAGCUAUUUGAUAUCUAAAUGAGAAAAAUUAAGCUCAACUGGUUAUAACUCUAAUCACUAGAUGGCAGAUGUGUCAGAGUAGAAGUAGAAAAAGAAACAAAACAGCAAAGCUUUUUUUUUUGAAGAAAUACAGUGAAGAAAUCAGCAGUUUUCCCAUUAAGGACAAUUUGUCUCUUAAACGGGAACAAUGACGACUCAAACACUGUGUUGAUAUUCUGGCAAGACUCCUUAACUGUCCGUAUUUCAUUCUACCGAAAAUAUUUCCAGCUAAAUUUCUCUUAUUCCUUGGAGAGUGAAUACAUUUGUAGCCUUUUUUUUUAACCAGCUAACUGGCAGUGAGCAGCAGCAUGUUGUUAGGGGCAGUGCACCACUUCUGUGCCUCAGAAUAAUAAAUCUCCAGUCACUCAAGCACUUUAUUUGGCAUCUCAUUUUAAAAAAUCCUGCAAGCCAUGAAAAUGCCAAGACAGAAACUUUUAACAAUUUGAAAAUUGUUUUAAAUCCUUGCAAUACCUUGAUACCUGUGAGCAGCCCAUGCCUAAUUUGACUGAAUCUAUCUGGUCCAGUCAUUCAAAGGCUUCUCUUCAACAUGUUUUCCACACACUGAGUUUAUUGGCGGCAUUGAGACCUCUGACUUUGGUAGAGUAUUGUACAGUGCUUAGGUUUCUUCAAACAUAUAUGAUGUUAUCAUCCAGUUUUGUAUGGUUUUGAUAAUGUGAAGCUACCUGAAAUGUUCUUGCGGCAUGGUGGACGGCUGUAAAGCAGGAAUGUAGCUCAGUGAAGAAGAGUUUAAAAUCAAGCCAGCCUGCAGUCGAUGUGUAUGGCUCACAGCUGGCUCAGCUCUGCUCAGUUUAAAAGAAAACUGCAGGUUCUUAAAGUAAGAAGAAAGUGUGUUAUAUACAAGACGUCCUAAUGGGUUUCUUAUGUGUGUGCGUUUGCUGUGUGUGUGUUUGGACUUAUUUAGAUCUGUGUGUGCGUGGGUGUGUCUGUGUGUGUGCGUAUUUAUAAUGAGCACAUUGUAAGGCAGCACAACUGUUAAUUUGGCAGCCUGUUUUUCUUAAGUUAAACUGUCAAAAGUAGCUGCUAUAAUUACACACUCACAUUCGUUUGUAACUGCAGGCCUCCGAAGGACCCCUGCCAAGGCGUCCUAACAAUGCCGGUUAAAGCAGAAGGUGCUCAUUAUAGCUUUGAGAUUACCUACAGUAUUGUAAGUCUGUUUUUAUUUUCUUCUUUUUUUAAGAAAAAAAAAAUACUACACCCCGUCUGGCGAGAUAACGUUAUUUUCAUGUUAAAGUCUCUGUUUUGUAUUUAUUUACCAAAAUAAACUGCAAUUACCACUUA